UGAGUAGUUGAAUUCUUCAUUCCACAAAGACCAACAGUAUGUUUUUGCAUUCGAAUUUGACUCUUUGAACCCACAUUCAAUAUAUAAAAAAUAAAUUUCAGUCAAAUGUUGCUGAAAUCUUACGCGAUUCUUCAGAUUUUAAUCAGUGUGAUUUACAUAAAUGGAUACGAUUCAUACUGCGAACAACCAGAAACAGUUUUUAAGAUCAAUUGCAAGGCAUUACGUACUGAAUCAUACAGUUUCAAUGAUUUUUUUCCAAUUUCUAAAAAUAACGGAGGAGAAAUAAAGUUGGUAUUUUACGUGAAAGGCGAACGAGACGCUCACAUAUUACUUUCCCCUACGCCAAACUUGCCAACAUCAAAGGAACAGGAAAAGGUGUACGAGAUAGUUUUGGGUGCUGCCCAAAAUACAUAUUCAGCAAUCCGAAAACAACGAGGAGUUGCAAACGUCCAGGUACAUAAUGAAGUGAAUAUUACAUCACCGGAUGAAUGGCGUAAAUUUUGGAUCCGUAUAUCUUCGGAUGGAAUCAUUCGAGUAGGAAAGAGUCGAGAAAAUAUCGCUUUCUUGAAUUGGACAGAUCCGAAUCCGUUUCCAAUCAACUAUUAUAGCUUUUCCAGUUGGCAUGAUAACGACAUAUAUUGGUUUCAUCAAUGCACCAAUCAAACUGAAGAUCCAAUCAUCAGGUAUCAGGAAGAAGAACUCAAAUCUCAUUUGUUUUCAAAUUAUGAUAAAGUAAAUCGUCCAACACAGGCCAAUGCAAAUUCAACGCAAAUCACAAUUCAAAGCUCGUACGUGGAUUUGAAUACUGCAAAUGGCAUCUUUGAAUUACGAGGAACGAUUUUUAUUGAUUGGUCCGAUAAACGGCUGACUUGGAACCCAAACGAACAACAUGGUCUAGAUUCCUUAGAAAUUGAACCGAAUUCCAUUUGGUGGCCAGUAAUAAAACUAACAAACCAAGUUUUUGUUCACGAUUACUUUCUCGGUUUUGGAAAGACGACUGUAUCAAGCAACGGAGUAAUAAAACACGAAGCAUCUUCAAAUAUACAAUCAAGAUGUCAAAUCAGUACAAAUUCUCAACUCUUGGAUACGUAUAAUUGCAAUCUCAACUUUACAACCGAUUUUCACACCAAUUUCACUUUUUCCCAGCUUAAUUACUAGGAUGUAAUAUCACCGUGGAUACUCAUAAAAACUCAAUCUAUGUAUUCGCUAGAAAAAAAUGAAACGAAGCCAUUUAUGGAGAAUGUAUCAAUUAACGUGACAUUACAAAAGAAUAUUUCUCAGCCAACAUCUUGUAGUGAAUUUCCAAGUUCGUAUAAUUUGAACUUAAUAAUUAAAAUGGUGUCUCAUUCUUUUCAGAAAAUUGUACGCGAGUAAGUAUGUUCGUAAGUAUUUUUUUUUGCUGCCUAUCCAUGACGAUGAUCACUCUCGUCCAGAUUUUUCACGCCUUUAAUCCCAAUAUAACUUUGCUAACAACAACGAAGAUCGUACUACCUACUUACUCUACUACAUAUGUAGAUGAAAUUUUUCAGCAGACAGCUCUUCUGAAGAAAAGCUUAUAUGUCAAUUGUUUUCAAAUUAUAAUUCAUCUAUCUUCCCGAAUACCACCUCUCAAGAUCAUUUUCACGAAAUCCAAUUUAAAAUGUUUUACGCUGAUAUAAGUGAUAUUUCGGGAAUUUUCCAGAUAGUUGGAGAAGUUGAGGGAACCACUUUUUAGGAAAUCUGCAAUUUCCAAAAUAUACCAGAAGGCUCCAGAAAACUUGAAACCACCUCCAAUCAACUCAGUGCGGCGUAUUAAAAAUGGGGUUCUAUGUAAAUUUCAUUUCAACAACUCAAUUGGAAGUGGAACGAUCAUCGAUUGACUUGGGAGCCAAGCGAAUACAAUUAUACAUAUGUUCUACAAAUUGAGAAUAAUUUUCAUCAAAUAUGGAAACCGAAGUUUAAAUUAGUCAACGGCGCGUUUUUUGAAGAUACAUUUCUAUUUGAUUCAGACCAUAUUGCCUCUCUUGUAAUAACGUAUGCAGGAGCUGUAACACUACGGAUGAGGUCUAUCAAUAUACAAGCAGAAUGCCAGGUGACAGUGAAAAGUAGACCGUGGAAUAAUCAUACUUGUCAACUUCAUUUUAAAAGCGACGCGCCAAAAUUCGAUAUCAAAUAUGAGGAAUUUGACCAAGAGACGACAGCUGUAACUAAUGCAAGAGCUUAUUACAUUGUAUCACCAUGGAUGGUUCAUGAAUUUCGAGAGGUGAAGAGAAUAAAUGGCAGCCUUGAAUCAUCCGAUAAUUCAAUUUUUAUUGACGUUGAAUUACACAGGGACAUGGAUGAUUUUGAAUCAACACGAUGUAACUCAUUUGCAAACAGCUAUGAAGAAGAACUCAAAUGUCACUUGUAUUCAAAAGUCGGUCGUCUAGUUCCUUCAGAGGCGUUUUUGAAUGGCCCACAACUCGAUAUGACCAUCUCAUACGUAGAUUUGAAUAUCGAAAAUGAAUUAUUUCAAAUGAAAGGGCAACUGGUUUUGAAAUGGGCACACGAAAAAAUGGUUUGGGACCCGAAGAAAUUUGGAGACUUGUUUGUUUUAAAAAUCGAAGAAGACACAGUAUGGAAACCAGCUUUAAUAUUGAAAAAUGAAGUGUUUGAAGAAUAUAUCAAAAUCGAUCUCGAAUUUCUCGGUUCGGGUAAUUUUCGAAACUCGUCAAAUGAUGAAUAUUUUGGCGCGGGUCAUUUGGAGGUAACGUCAAAUGGUGCGUUGACGUGGACUUUGCCAAUGAAUAUAGACACAAGAUGCAACAUGACCCUUAAUAGUUGGCCGUGGGAUCCACAAACGUGUCAACUCAAUUUCACAACUAAUACCGCGAAGAUGCACUCACGAAUAAAUGAUUCUUCUCAAAUGAAAUCACGAUCCGGAACGAUAUCAUUGUGGAAAAUCACCGAAAUCUUUAAAGGAAACAAUACCCUAUUCCAAUUAAGUUUAAUGAUUACUUUAGAAAAUAAAAGCAAUUCGUUGCAGGUCGUAUUAUGUUCGACACUUACAGGUUUAAGUUCGGUGAUGCUGUCAUCAUUUUUAAUAUCACCAACGAACAGGAAUAAAUUGCCAUCGAAAUUAUUAUCUCUAUUACUCCUAGUAAUUUUUCUGGCAAUAAUGAUGACUUCAAUUCCUCAUUUCACUACACAAGCUCCCAAUUUUCUGAUUGGAUUCGUCAUGUUAUUGUCAAUAGUAGGAACAUCCAGCUGUAUCACUGCCUACUUGGUUCGAUUAGCCAGGAAAUCACAUUCGUAUAAUCCGUCGCUGAAUGUGAGAUUUACAAGCACGGAAGAAAACGAAGGCGAAAAUUACGCAAUGAAAACAGCAUUGAUACAAGGUGUUCCAUUAAUCGAUGACAAAACCACUGAUGAGGCCUCCGCAGCGGAAAAAUCUCAACAUAACUGGUUAAAAGUAGCCAUGGUUGUAGAAUUAUCAUCAUUUGCAAUUUGCUCGAUUGUCGUUGUAUUUCUUAUCACGAGUUUGAUGAAUUAAAAAUAACAUAAUAUAUUAUUUUGAAUUCUCAA